AUGAAUACUACUUUAAAAUUAUUUACAUUUUUUCUACAUCUGAUAACUUUUAUAAAAAGUGAAGAUUUUUCGUCGAUAACUAACAGUAGUUUAGCAAGAGUAAAAUUGUACGUAAAUUCGGCUGAAAUAGCCUAUAAAAUAUCAGCAUUUCAAUUUCCUGUUGAAUUUUCACCAAAACAGUUGGAGCAUAUACGACCAGAAACAAUACGAUUAAACGGCAAAUUCGUCCACGUUAGUUCACAAACUAUCACACAACAGAAAAAAUCUUUAAAUGGUCAAAAAGUUCUUAUAUGUAAAGAUGAUUGUUCAAACACUGUUGAAGCCAUUAUGAUUGAUGAUGAAAUAAAUCUGGUAAAAGAUCUUUCUGAUAACACAUAUUAUACCGUAUUAUAUAGUCAAACAAUAAAAUACUUUGAUAUUCCACCAACAAAUAAAAUUAUUGUUGAUUUUACAUUUGAAACAUCGAAUAUUGAACAGCUUUAUUUACAAAUGAUUAGUAACCAGUUAAAAUGGAGAACAAUCUACGAUCUUUUAUUAGAUGAUAAUGACACACUGUUAAUUGGCUAUGCUGAUAUGCAAAAUAGUGGUCUAAAUGCGGUACAGAUUGAACAAGCUGAAUUAUUUGGCGGUGAUAUUAAUAUUAGGGGACCAUCACAAACAUCUUAUAACAAUGAAUAUUAUCAAAGUGCAGGUAGUGGUAAUGCAGCCGCAGGACUUUAUAACGACGUUAGCUACACCACUAUGUCUCCCACUCACAUAGGUCAAGAACUUGCUGGUGUAUAUUUAUUCACAAUUGAUAAACCAUUUAUUAUUGAUGCAAAAUCAAACUAUCUGUUACCGAUAAUUCGAUCAACGAUUGAAAUUGAACGUUACGGUUCAAUACGAAAAUAUUUUCAAAUAACAAAUAAUAAUGGAAAUGCUCAACGAUCCUAUCGUUUAAAGAGUGAUCAAUUUUUACUAAAAGGAAAUGUUCUAGUAAGAGAAAAUAAUCGUUUAGUAGGCGAAACUAUGUGGACUGAUCAAGCAGCUAACAAUUCGUACAUAUUUUCGAUCGGACAAGAUCCCGAUAUUAUUUAUAGUGAAACUAUUAUGUUAUUAACAAAUGAAUCUAGUAAAUCUGUUGAGAAUAGUCAAAGUGGUAAUAUUCCAAAUGGUAAUAUUGGUUAUGUAUAUACUGUGAAUACAACAUAUGAAAUUACUCUUAAUUUAAAAAAUUUUAAAGAACGUUCUGUUCUUGUUGAAUACAUGCAAGACAUGACAUCAAGAUUAUUUAUUUUUCCACAACAAACAAACGAUUUCAAACGUGAUGGAUCCAUUAUUGCCGGAAAUUUUACUUUACAAUCCAAAGAAAUAAAAGAACUAAAAUAUAAAAUCAUUCUUCAACUCGCUCAUAAAUAUUUCAAAACCGAACGAUCAGAUCGUCCUCUAUCAUCAAUAAUAUAUGUCAACGAAGGAUUUAUAGUUUUUACUAUUAAAUAUGAUGUCGACUAUGAUAUUCCACAAUAUAAAGAUCCAAAUGAAAGUGAAUUAAUUACAAGAAAAAAUUUACAAAAUUUAUUCAAAUACCAUAAAACAACAAAAAAGAUAUAUUCUCAUCUAGACUUGACACAAUUCGAUAUUCAACCUCGUCCAUGGGAAUCCAUCAAUGAUUUACUUUACUAUUCUCUCUCAUGUCAAUAUAGCUCACAAGUGUACAAAAACUUUCGACCAUACGCUAGAAACAAACCACCGAAAUAUAACGAUGUAUCUGAACGUCUAAUAUUCUCUAAAAAUUAUAACAAUGCAUCGAUAUUAUUUUCAACAUUUAAAGGAGCAUCUCUUAAAUAUUUACAUUUACAACAACAUAUUUAUGAACGAAUGGAGCAUACAUAG